AUGGAAGGAAGGAAAUGUGACGCGGUGGUUGCUGCUGCAUCCUCACCGCCAUGGAUGAAUCUUCCGAGAGAUGUAACCGCCAAUAUCCUACAGAGGCUGGGGGAAGAGGAGCUGCUGCGCAGCGCGCUGCUAGUGUGCUCUAGCUGGUGGAGGAUCAGCAAGGAUCCAGCCUUGUGGCGAGUGCUCAUUUUCUCAAACCCUGAUAAACAGAAUUGGCUGUACGAUUACGAUCUCAUGUGCCGCUGCGCAGUGGAUCGCAGCCGCGUGCAGUUGGUCGACCUCACCGUGCAGUACCACGGCUUCGACAUCAACUACAUCGCCAAUCGGUCACCAAAUCUCAAACGCCUUAGGAUUGGAGUUUGCUUUACCUUAGCAGGAUUCGUCAUAGCAAGAGUUUGCCCAGGUAGAAUAACUGCUAAACUUCCGCAGUUGGAAGAAUUGCACCUUACUAUUGACCGAGCUUUGAACUGCGAGUUCGUGCCAUUGGAAGGCGAUGAAUAUGAGAGUUUGGAAUUCUACCGGAAUCUGUGUGCUCUUGCAAUCAGCGUCAGCAUGCCUAAUCUGCAGCAUCUCCAACUCUUUGCACAUUGGAUUGAAGACGAAGGGCUUGAAGACAUCCUUGACGGCUGCCCACACCUUGAAUCACUUGAUGUCCGGCAAUGCUUUGUUCUCCUUCUUGAAGGAGAUUUGGAGAAGAGAUGCCGCCAGACGAUCAAACAUCUUAAACUCCCUAAUGACCCCGUCAGUGAUAGUGAUGUUCCGUGGCCUAACUGCGAUGGCUGCAAUAUGUUUGGUGUUGAUGCCUAUUCUGAAGUAUACGUAUACAAAUAUUAUGAAGACUCAGAAGCUUAUCAUCGUGAAUACGAAGAAGACGAGUUCUCAGACUAG